UGAUGUUUUUGUCAGUAUUACUCUUACACUGCAUUUCUCCGGCUUCUUUCUGGUAGCAUUUUCUGUACGCGUUCACUCGUAAAACCGGCAUCAUGAAGUUCCUCGUUGUUCUCGUCCUGGCGGCUGUUGUGGCUGCUGAUGAUUCCGACAAAGAGAAGCGCAAGGCUGCCGCUCUCAAGCUGAUGACCAUGGAUGCCAGCGAGAUGACCAAAUGCACCACGGAUGCCGACUGCACCGGAAAGGGCGAAAAGACCAAGUGCUGUGAGAAGCUGCACCUCUGCAAACCACCCCAUGCCCCGUCUUUCGAGCUCGUCACCGGAGACUGUCAGGACCACGCCGGAUGUCCCCCCAUCUAUCGAUGCAAAUCCAACAAAUGCCACUUCGCCGGACCCAAGGCCUGCGAACAGGACUCCGAUUGUCUGCAGGGAGUAGAAGGACACUCCUAUGAAUGCCUGGAAUCCGCCAAGUCUGCCCCCGGCAAACGCUGCUGGCGAAAAUGCUCAAACGAUGCGGAGUGUCACGACCGUAUGCCAGAGGAAGCCAAAAGCAAAAUCGGCUGUUGUCAGGGACACUGUCAAAAGAAAGCGGCCUGUUAAAUUAUUUCUUAAUAAUUACAGUCUGUCUUCGACUUCGUAAAUUUAGUACUAAAUGCUUUUGACGGUGAUGGCCUGUAGUGGAAUUGUGUAUCUGUAGUGUUAGAAAUGACUUGAUUGUUUUAACUGUUCUACUGAACUUGCAUUUUUCCUAUGGAACGUUCCAGCUGCAAAACAACAAAUGCAAAAUAUGGUUGAAAUGUAUUGAAAAAACAACAAAAUUUUCGAAAAUUG